AUGCCGGCCGGCACGCUGCUGGUGGUUGGUGGGUGGGUAUUCUCGCCGAUCAUCAAGGAGCUCAUCGGCGAGGCCAGAUCCUUGGUGAGCAGCAAGUACUCGAGCUUCAAACAUCUGGCCAAGCACCUCGAACAGCUUGUUGAUGUCCUGGACCAGAUGACCACGACCAUCGAGGCCGUCCAGCAGCAGGCUCAACGGCGGCGCUCCGACGAGGACGUCUCCGCCGGCGGCGGGAUGGCUAGCUGGGUGGGCCGGCUGGUCGACGCCAUCCACGAUGUGGAGUCCGUCCUGGACGUCUUCACCUACGACGACAUCGUCAUGUCCAACUUGCGCGACAACAAGCUUGCUCAGGUUGCUCACUCCGCGGCCAGAGCCGGCCGACGGCUGAUCGGCAGGGACAAGGCGUUCAACCGGCUCAAGAAACUCCUGGACGAGCUUCCGCUUAUCCAGCAGAGCUUGCGGGAUCUCGCCCAGCUGCCGCGGAUCGACUCCGGCGGCAGCCGGGGCCGAGGCCGAGGAUACUCGCGCUCCGUGUCACGAAAGGCGACUGGCCCGCUGCUACCGGGGGCGACGGGCCAAGAACUGUUCGUGGGGUACGAGCAGGAGUAUGGCCGGCUCGUCUCGGCCCUGCUCAACAACGUCAGCGACCAGCCCAGUAGCAGCAGCAGCAACAAGAAUGUCGUGGCGGUCAUCGGCCACAGCGGCAUCGGGAAGACCAUGAUCGCUCGGCGGGCAUGGCAUGACAAGAGAAUCAACGGGGACAACAACAAGCACUUCGAUCUGAUGGUGUGGGCGAGCGUUCGAUGCAUGUUCACCGAGACCGAGCUGCUGGCCGAGAUAUGGAGGUCCAUCCCCGGAUCAAGCGGCGUCGACGAGAAAUGCGCCGCCGCGGGGAUGAGCUUCGGCGUGCUACAGCAGGCGAUCCGCGGGCUGGUCGGCUCCAGGAGGUGCCUGCUCGUGCUCGACGACGUGUGCAACGACGAGUCCGGCCGUGACUGGACGGAGAAGAUGAGGACAACUUGGGAGGACGUAUUAGCCCCGUUCCGGGACGGAGGCAACGGGAGCAGGAUCCUGAUGACGUGCCGAGCUACCAUCUGCGCCAAGGUGCUCGAUGCCGGCACCAGGAUCCCGCUGAAUGGGCUCGGCGCCGACGACCUCGUCCUGGUGCUCAAGAAAACCGCCUUCGGUGACGCCCAUAAAGAAACUCCGGUUCUCGACGGUGUGAUCAGGAGUGUCGCGGAGCAGCUGAGGGGCUCGCCAUCGGCGGCGAAAACUAUCGUCGGCAUGGUGAGGAACAAACAACGGAAGAAAGACUGGAAGAAACUAUUGGAGAAGGUAGGAUCAUGGUACGCCGGUGAGGCUCCUCUUGCUGGCGCCGCCUACGAGUCCAGCCUGCGGUCUUGCUUGAAAUUUUGCAGCAUGUUCCCCGACAAAUGGGAGUUCGAGCCUGAAACGUUGGUCAAGAUGUGGAUUGCACAUGGCAUCAUCCGCGGUGACCACGCCCAGAGCAUGGAGGAUGUCGGGAGAGAAUACGUCAGAGCGCUGCAGGAAAGGUCCGUGCUCAAAACCAUAUACAGGGAUGGCAGAGCGACCUGCUUUGCCAUCAAUGAGCAGGUGUCAGUCUGCGCGGCCGGGUUCUUCAGAUUAAGCAACGAUGAUCUUGUAAGAAGAAGGGGUAGCAUCCCGGCAAGUGUUCGACACCUAUCCCUGACCGGCGGAGGUUGCCUUGCCCUAGCACAGCUCAAGGAUAACCCUGUGCUGAAGAAGCUGCGGACACUGUUAAUCUUCGAUGAUGGCCACUCAAGCUCGGGCACUGCUGUUUCCGCCAUUGACAACCAUGUACUGAAGCAGCUCAAGGCCGUUAGAGUGCUCGACUUUGCCGGCACACGCAUCACCGAGUUGCCGAAAGGCGUCGGUAAGCUGAAGCAUCUGCGGUACCUAGGCCUGCCUGACUCUGUCAGGGGCCUUCCUGCUACUGUUACCAAGCUGCUGCACCUGCAGACACUGUCUCUCGGCAAAGACUGCAAGCUUGAUGGGGACCAUGGGUUCCCGGGUGAUGGCAUGAGCAACUUGGUGAACCUGCGGCAUCUCGACAUGGACAUGAAGUACGUUGCCAUGAUACGUCGCAUCGGGAGGCUGGAGAAACUCCAGGGAUCAGUAGAGUUCUGCGCCGACAGGGGAAGGGGGCAUGGCAUGGAAGAGCUCGCAGGCAUCCACUCCAUCCGCGGCACGCUCACCGUGAAGGGGCUUCAGGCCGUCGCUAACAAAGAAGAAGCUCAGAAGGCUCAGCUUGGGAAUAAAGAAUCUCUCAAGGCCCUGAAGCUGGAAUGGGAGCCCCCAAAGCUGGGGGACCGGCGAACUUGUUCCACCACCACGGACUCACAUGAGCAAGUUCUCGAGGGGCUCCAGCCUAACGGUAGGAUCGAGGAGCUGCAAAUCCAGAGGUACCAGGGCGCAUCGUCGCCUAGCUGGCUGGAGAGCAACCUGCUGACGAGCCUGAGCCACCUGCAUCUCGUAAACUGCAGGAAGUGGCGGGUGCUGCCAUGCCUGAGCCAGCUUCCUGACCUCAGAGUCCUGCACAUCAAAGAAAUGUACGCCAUUGCUCGGAUCGACCACAGGUUGUACGGCUCCGGCGUGCUCCAGUCGCUUGAGAAACUGGUGCUGAAUGACAUGCCCAGUUUGGUGGAGUGGAGCGCCGAAUCGAGCGACCGCGCGUUUCCUCGCCUCCAGGAGAUACUCAUCCUCAACUGCCCCAAACUGGCGAAGCUGCCCCGUGUGCCGGCCACCGUGAAGAAGAUGAGGAUAGAGAAGGACAGCAGCUCCUACUACCUGGACAUGGCCUUCUCCCCCAAAUCCAGCUCCUUCACGCUGGACGUCCACGGGGAGGCCGUCCAGCUGCUGCACCAGGACUUGCUGCACCGAGAUCACGCGCUGGCGGUCAGCGCCUUGAGCAUCAGCAAGUACGCAGGGGAGUCGACGGACGUGAACGUCAAGCUCCUCUCUUCAGUGCGGAGCCUCUCGCUGAGCCGAUGCGUCGUGACGAACAGCCUCCUGGGGGUGUUGUUCCAGAACUUGCAGUCCCUGGAGAAACUGCAGAUAUCGGACUGCGGCGACUUCCGUGAGUUCCGGGAGGUCGCCAGGCCGCCGUCGUUGAAAUCCAUCGAGGUGAAUGGAGAAGCUGCGUGGCAGCGCUAG